CGCCCGGCGCCGCCCUCCGCCCGCCGUGCGCCCCCCGCGCCCCGCUCCCGCCCCGGCCCGCGCCCGCCCCGCCAUGCCGGCAUGGAGCUCCGGCAGCACGAGUGGCUCGCGGCCGCCCCCCACGAGGGCUUCGAGCAGCUGCGGCUCAAGAGCCGCCCCCGGGAGCCCGCGCCCGGCCUGGCCCGGGGGGCUGCCAACUUGUACAGCGGCGUCCGGCAGCAGGACUACAGCGCCGGCGUCUGGCUGCGCAGGAAGGACAAGCUGGAGCACUCCCAGCAGAGGUGCAUCGUGGUCUUCGCCCUGGUCUGCUGCUUCGCCAUCCUCGUGGCCUUGAUCUUCUCGGCCGUGGACAUCAUGGGAGAGGACGAGGACGGGCUCUCGGAAAAGAAUUGCCAAAAUAAAUGUCGCAUCGCGCUGGUGGAAAACAUCCCUGAAGGCCUGAACUACUCGGAGGACGCGCCCUUUCACCUCUCGCUCUUCCAGGGCUGGAUGAACCUGCUCACCAUGGCCCAGAAGUCCGUGGACAUCGUGUCUUCCCACUGGGACCUCAACCACAGCCACCCCUCGGCAUGCCAGGGUCAACGCCUUUUUGAAAAGUUGCUCCAACUGGCUUCGCAAAAUAUCGAAAUCAAGCUAGUGAGUGAUGUGACGGCUGAUUCAAAGGUAUUAGAAGCCUUGAAGUUAAAGGGCGCCGAGGUGACCUACAUGAACAUGUCGGCCUACAACAAGGGCCGGCUGCAGUCCUCCUUCUGGAUCGUGGACAAGCAGCACGUGUACAUCGGCAGCGCGGGCCUGGACUGGCGGUCUCUGGGACAGAUGAAAGAACUCGGUGUCAUCUUCUACAACUGCAGCUGCCUGGUCCUGGAUUUGCAGAGGAUCUUCGCUUUGUACAGCUCCUUGAAGUUCAAGAGCAGAGUGCCCCAGACCUGGUCCAAGAGGCUCUACGGCGUGUACGACAACGAGAAGAAGCUGCAGCUGCAGUUGAACGAAACCAAAUCGCAAGCGUUUGUGUCGAAUUCCCCCAAACUCUUUUGCCCUAAAAACAGAAGCUUUGACAUCGACGCCAUCUACAGCGUGAUCGACGACGCCAAGCAGUACGUGUACAUCGCCGUCAUGGACUACCUGCCCAUCUCCAGCACAAGCACCAAGAGGUCCUACUGGCCAGACUUGGAUGGGAAGAUAAGAGAAGCGUUGGUUUUGCGAAGCGUCAAAGUUCGACUCCUGAUCAGCUUCUGGAAGAAAACUGAUCCCCUUACAUUUAACUUCAUCUCGUCUCUCAAAGCUAUCUGCACUGAAAUCGCCAACUGCAGUUUGAAAGUUAAGUUCUUUGACCUGGAGAGAGAGAACACGUGUGCAGCCAAAGAACAGAGGAACCUCACCUUCCCGAGACUGAAUCGCAACAAGUACAUGGUCACGGAUGGAGCGGCUUACAUCGGAAACUUUGACUGGGUAGGGAAUGACUUCACCCAGAACGCGGGCACGGGCCUUGUUAUCAACCAAGCAGACGUGAGGAAUGACACAAGCAUCAUUAAGCAGCUGAAAGACGUGUUUGAGAGGGACUGGUACUCACCCUACGCUAGGAGCUUACAGCCAACCAAACAGCCGAACUGCUCCAGCCCGUCCAAUCUCAGCCCUCCCUCCAGCAAAACUGCCACAUAACAGCACGAGUGGGAAGGACCCUGCGAGUGUAUAACAUGAACAAACACCCUGACGGACCACUGGUGUUUCGUAUCCUCUAUAAUAAAAGGCUAAUAUGCAAAUUGUCCCCUCGACCAAGAGUUCCAAAGGGGAGUUUGACCAGAGGGCGGGGCUGGCCGGCCAAAUGCCCCAGUUGACCCCCAUACCCCGAUCAUCAAGGGUGGGGUCAGGGUCCGCCCACCAACCACCCAUGGCCCCUCCCGCCGGCUGACCCAGCCUGAUAGGCCCCAAUCAGGGCGAGCCGACCAGACCCCACCUGUGCACAAAUUUGUGCACCAGGGCCUCUAGUUUAUAUAUAAAGGACUGUAGGAGAGAAGAACCAUUUGAUAUGUCUUUUUUUUAGGGGAAAAGCACACUUAUUAAAAAAUAAUCUUUGAAUGCCAUGUCCUAUUUAACCACAUCUUAGGGGUGUGUACACUCCCUUCGAGACUUUUGUACUUGUGACUUCUGACGGAGAAUGUCAUUCCGGCUUGGGAGUUCGUUUUCACGUUUGCAUACCAAUUUUAAGAUUUCUGCUGGCCCACCGGGUCAGUUCUUAGGAAGCUUCGCAUGCGGUAAGCUUCUUUGCUAUUCUGCGAACCACUGGCUUGGAGGAGAGGGAGGAUGUCACCUUGGACAGGAGGUCAAGCCAAGAAUCCAUCCUCGUCAACCAUCUCCAAGACCUGUCCAGUCAUUGAGUCAUGAACUUCCCAUGGCAGCCUUUAGUAACUCUUGGAAAAUACUUUUCUUGCCUCUGUGUUCAUUUUCUUCUAAUACCAUAGAUUGUGUGUGUGUGUGUGUGUGUGUCAUUUUCUCUUCUCAUAAAAGGUUCUCAUGAUCUAGUUUGCCUGGAGUCACCUCAACACUAGUUCUCAAGCAGGAUAUCUUCUGAAAAUGUAUGUUUUCCUCAGAAUGGGUACAAAAUGGACACAGCAGUCUAUUUUUUUUUUAAUAUAUAUAUAUAUUUUAUUUCAAAGAGGAAGGAAGAGGGAGAGAGAUUUAGAAACAUCCAUGAUCGGCUGCCUCCUGCACACCCCACCCUGGGGCCAGAGCCCACAACCCAGGCAUGUGCCCUUAUGGGGAAUCGAACCUUGACCUCCUGGUUCAUAGGUCUAUGCUCAACCACUGAGCCAUGCCAGCUGGGCAGAAAUAGCAAUCUUUCAUUUUCACCUUUCAACUGCAUUUUUCUCUACCGAGUAGAUAUUUUACAACCAUAGCCAGCAAAAAUCUGCAUCCUUUCUCUCAAGCUCAGAAAAAUUAUGUAGCUCCCUGCUAACAGCCAGCAAACGGUGAAGUCUGUAUUAUGGAGACUGACGUUGUUUUUCGGGUUUUUGUUUGGUCUGUGGUAUUAGAAAGGAACCAUCUCCGUGGGCCAGUGGACUUGAAUUUCUUUAGAAUCUUUAUGCUGUUAAGAGUAUGCCAGCAAACGUUUAUAGAGCUAUUUACUAUGCCUUCUGCUAUUUAAUAUACCUUCUGCUGUUUAAUAUACCAAAUGCUUUUCAGAGAAAUGCAAUUUAAAUACUGUGCUUAACCUAUUUUACUAAGAAACAAGAAUAUUGGAUUAUUGUUCUAUAA